GAGAGAGAGAGAGAGAGAGAGAGAGAGAGAGAAUUGUGUGCGUGGCCAAGGAAAAGGCAGGGUGUGUAAGAGUGAGAGAGGACAGAAGCAAAAGAUUUGAGAAAGACUAGUUUACUAGAGGGAGAAGUGUGAGCAAGAGGAAUAAAGGUUGCAAAGAAAAAUAGGAAUACAGAAAGGGAGAGAGGGACAGAAACAAGUCAUAGCAGCUGCUUCAGACCAUCAGAGGACUGAGCCAAAGGGAACAGGAGAGAGUUUCUGCGCCAUGGGCAAAUCAGCUUCUAAGCAGUUUUCGGGGGAGGUGUUGCGUAGUCAUAACGAGUAUCGUAGGAAGCACCAAGCGCCCCCUCUGAAGCUGAGCAGCAAGCUGAGUAGAGAUGCCACUAGGUAUGCUGAGUCUCUGGCCAGCACACGGAUCCUGAAGCACAGUGUUGAGUCCAGUAAGGGGAGCUGUGGCGAGAACCUGGCCUGGGCCUCCUAUGACCAACCAGGGAAGGAUGUGGCCGACCGCUGGUAUGACGAGGUAAAACAAUACAACUUCAACCGCCCCGGCUUCUCCUCUGGCACAGGUCAUUUCACAGCAAUGGUGUGGAAGGGCAGUAAGAAGCUGGGUGUGGGGAAGGCCAGUGCGCCAGAUGGCUCGUCAUUCGUGGUAGCCAGGUACUUUCCAGCAGGGAACAUCACCAACCAGGGACACUUUGACAACAACGUCCUGCCGCCCAAGGACUGAGGAACAUACUGACCCAUCACUCUCAUCCCCCAGGAGCUGACCAUCCAAAAGACAUUUGCACUUUGACUUGACUUUAUAUACAGUGGCAAGAAAAAGUAUGUGAACCCUUUGGAAUUACCUGGAUUUCUGCAUAAAUUGGUCAUCAAAUUUGAUCUGAUCUUCAUCUAAGUCACAACAACAGACAAACAUAGUGUGGUAAACGAAUAUCACACAAAGAAUUGUAUUUUUCUUGUCUAUAUUGAAUACAUAAUUUAAACAUUCACAGUGUAUGUUGAAAAAAGUAUGUGAACCUCUAGGCUAAUGUCUUCUCCAAAAGCUAAUUGGUGUCAGUAGUCAGCUAUCCUGGAGUCCAAUCUAUGAGACGAGAUUGGAGAUGUUGGUUAGAGCUGCCUUGCCCUAUUAAAAACACACGCAAAUUUGAGUUUGCUUCUCACAAGAAGCAUUGCCUGAUGUGAACCAUGCCUCGAACAAAAGAGAUUAAGAAUUGUUGACUUGCAUAAAGCUGUAAAGGGUUACAAAAGUAUCUCUAAAAUCCUCGAUGUUCAUCAGUCCACAGU